AGCGAAUGUAGCUCGUUAGCACGCUACGAAAAUAUUUUUCGUCCCGGUGUACUACGUACAAAAUUACGUCUGUUGUUUUAAAGCUAAAUAAAAUGGUAAGAAUUCUUUUCAGACGAUUUCAUCGAGAAAUAUCUAAAAUCGUAUUCUGUAUAUUGUAAAAAUGUGAACUAAAUUUCUAUUCGAGAAAUAUAAAAACGAAUAAAUUCAAUGUCGAAACUGUCGAAGGCGAGUACUGUUGUAGCAGCAGGUAUUGGCCUUGCUGCUGUAGGUUUUACUGGUCGUUACCUGCUCAAGAGAAUGCCACAUAUAUCACAGAAAAUGGCUGAGACAGUAAAAAAGCUAGAUUCACAGUCACUAGCAAGCAGCAAGUAUUAUAAGGGUGGGUUUGAACCAAAAAUGACCAGACGAGAAGCUAGUUUAAUCUUGGGGGUGUCGCCUACAGCUAGUAAAGCAAAAGUAAAAGAACAAUUUAAAAAAGUGAUGGCUGUAAAUCAUCCAGAUCGUGGUGGAUCUCCAUAUAUUGCUGCAAAAAUUAAUGAAGCAAAGGAUAUACUUGAGAAAUAAUAAAAGGAGAUCAUGUAGUACACAUUUGUAAUAUAUCUU